CCCACGUGAAAACGGAGACCUCCAGCUCUGCACGCUGUGUGAGUGUGAGUGAGAGAGAGUGUGUGUGUUUGUGAGAGUGUGUGUGUGUGUGUAUGUUUGUGUGUGAGGUGAACAGCUUCACGGAGCCGAGGCAGCGGGACUGCAGCUCAGGAGGAAGAGGAGAAGAAGAAGAGGAAGCUGCUCCAAUCAGAAGAGAGGACUCAUCGUGUUUGUUCAUCCUUCAGGUUCUACUGAGAACUCGGAUCCUUGUUCCCUCAUGAGAACGAUCAGCUGUUCCUGUCCGCGCAGAACCCGCUGAGAGGAACAUGGAGAGGACCAGCAGCCCCCCUGCAGACCGGACCGUCCUCUGCCUGUUCGACGUGGAUGGGACUCUCACUGCGCCCAGAGAGAAAAUCGACCCCAAGCUGGACGACUUCUUCCAGACCCUGAGGAGGAAAGUGAAGAUCGGCAUCGUGGGAGGGUCGGACUACUCCAAGAUAGCAGAGCAGCUCGGGGAGGGGGAUGAUGUGAUCAACAAGUUUGACUACGUGUUUGCAGAGAACGGGACGGUGCAGUACAAAGACGGGACGCUCCUCUCCAAACAUGCCAUCCAGAACCAGAUCGGAGAGGAGCUGCUGCAGGACCUGAUCAACUUCUGCCUCAGCUACAUGGGACUCAUCAAGCUGCCCAAGAAGAGGGGGACAUUCAUCGAGUUCAGGAAUGGCAUGCUGAACAUUUCCCCGAUCGGGCGGAGCUGCACGCCGGAGGAACGGAUCGAGUUCUCUGAAAUUGACAAGAGAGAGAAGAUCAGGGAGAAGUUUGUGGCGGCCCUGAAGGAGGAGUUCGCUGGGAAAGGUCUACGCUUCACUAAAGGUGGUCUGAUCAGCUUCGACGUGUUUCCAGAGGGCUGGGAUAAGAGGCUGUGUCUGGAGCUGCUGGACCGCGAGGGCCUGGACGCCAUCUACUUCUUCGGCAACGAGACGUCAGACGGAGGAAACGAUUUUGAGAUUUUCAACGACCCCCGUACGAUCGGCUUCACCGUCUUCUCUCCAGCGGACACGGCUCGACUCUGUCAGGAGCUCUUCUUUGACGCCCCCCCCCCCCCCCCCCCCCCCCCAGAAGUCCUGAUGCCCUGACCUGACCCCACACCUGCCCCUGUAUCCCUUUACCCCCCCUCCCCCUGAAGUUCGGCCUUUUGGUCUCUGCUGGAAGGACAGAAACAAGCAGCAGGAGCCUCGGCGGUCUGUGAGCUACUGACAGGUACUACUCAGAGACCGUAUAAAUACUACUGACCUGAUGUUCAGCAGGACAAGUCCCCUGAACGUCAGACCUGCUGAUGCUCUUAAAGAGACAGUAACACAGGAAGUGUUAGAGACAUGUGAUGCCUGCAGGAGGAGAUUCUUGAACAUCAGCAGGGAUGAAAAGUUUGACUCCUUGUUAUAAGAUGAUGUUUGCACUAAUGAUGCUGUGACUUUGUACCACACACUGGUAACGGUUUUAAGGAUCGGGUCUGUUGUUGAUGAGUUUGGUGAAGACCUGGACUCAGACGACAGGAGGGAACGAAUCAUUCCAGACGUUUCAGCGAGGACUCUCAAAAGGAUUCAUCUGAACCAGAGGUCUAAGCUUAGACCAGCUGACACUCAGACUGUCCUCAGUGAACAGGACGCUUUAUGUGGAGUGUUGUAUUAUGAGCUGAGUCUUUCAUGCACGUGUGAAAGUGGGCGACUGAAUGAUUCAAAGGUUUGAUUCUGAUGUUUUCAGACUGGCAUGGUACUAUUGUUCAAACUUUUAAUGAUGUGAAAAUAAUGAUUUUAAGAUCCUGUAGAGCUAACAGUCUGAGGACUCACUGAUGUAAAUAUGAGGCUUUAGUGGAUCAGCUGAUCUGCAGGUUUAUGUAAACACUCCUCCUCAGAGGCUUAACGAUGACGUAGAGACAGAGUCCACUUUAACGAGUCCCUGAUGAUAAAAUGUGUUUUAACUUUAAUGAUUGUAAUAAAACUUUCUGUAUAUUUCUCUGA